AUGUUCCAGAGGAUCAAGAACGUCGCCGCUCAGUCGGCCUGGAUCGCCAACCCUCCCUUCACCGACAAGGAGCUGCCGGACCAGCGGGGCAAGGUCCAUAUCGUGACAGGCGGCUACUCGGGCGUAGGCCUGGAGCUGGUCAAGAUCCUGUACGCCAAGAACGCGGCCGUCUACGUCGCCGGGCGCAGCGCGGACAAGGCCGCCGCCGGCAUCGCCGCGGUCAAGGAAGCCGUCAGCGACAGCAGCGGGCGCGUCGAGUUCCUGCAGCUGGACCUCGCGCACCUCGGCAGCAUCAAGAAGAGCGCCGACGAGUUCAUGGCCAAGGAGCAGAGGCUGGACGUGCUGACGAACAACGCCGGCGUCAUGUUCCCGCCGAAGGGCAGCAAGACGGAGGAGGGCCAUGAUCUCCAACUCGGCACCAACUGCCUCGGCCCCUACCUCUUCACGCAGCUUCUCCUCCCCCUCCUACGCCAGACCGCCGCGUCCUCGCCUCCGGGCUCCGUCCGCGUCACCUGGGCGGCCUCGCUCGCCAUCGACCUGCUCUCCCCGGCGCACGGCGUCGAUCUCGACGAGCAGACGGGCGAGCCCAAGGUGCUCGGGACCCCCCAGCAGAACUACGGGCAGAGCAAGUCGGGCAACGUGUUCCUGGGGACCGAGUUUGCGAGGAGGUAUAGCAAGGAUAGUGGGAUUGUGAGCUCUUCUUGGAACCCGGGUAACCUGUACACGGAGCUGUACAGGCAUACUGGACCUGUCGAACAAUUGGUGGCUCGGACCACGCUCUAUCCUGCCAUCAAAGGCGCCUACACGGAGCUUUACGCGGGCUGGUCGCCCGACAUUGGUAUCGACAACAGCGGCUGCCUCGUCGUGCCGUGGGGCCAGAUCCAGCAGCCCCGGGCCGAACUCGAGGCGGCUAUCAAGCGGACGAACGAGGAAGGAGGGCUAGGGAUCGCCGAGAAGUUUUGGGAGUGGUGCGAGAGGGAGACGAAGGCGUACAUGUGA